AACACUUGUACGCAGAAGAAAAGAAAACAGACACAGAAAAAGAAGAGAAGAGAAAGAAAGAAGGCGAAGAAAAGACUGUUUUUUUGUUUUUGUUUUUUCAUUUAUUCAUUUAUUCCUUUUUAAUUUCGCAUAUAAUUCACAAUCAGAUCAGAUCUUAGCCCCAAAUAAUCCCCAAUUCCUCUUCCAUUUCCAUCGAAUCCCUAAUUCUCCCAGAUCCAAAUUCGCGUCAAUUUCGAUUAGAUUGGAGCUUUGCCGGGGGAGUUAUCACCAUGGCGUGCAUAAAGGGCGUGAACAGAUCGGCGUCGGUGGCGCUGGCGCCGGACGCGCCGUACUUGGCGGCGGGGACAAUGGCCGGAGCGGUGGAUCUGUCGUUCAGCUCCUCGGCGAGCCUCGAGAUCUUUAAGCUCGAUUUCCAGUCCGACGAUCGCGAGCUCCCCGUCGUCGGCGAGUCGCCGAGCUCCGAGCGAUUCAACCGCCUCUCAUGGGCCCGCCCCACCGACCCCGCCAGCGAGAAGUUCGGGCUCGGCCUAAUUGCCGGUGGCCUCGUCGACGGCAGCAUCGAUAUUUGGAAUCCCAUCUCGCUGAUCCGGUCUGAGGCUAGUGAAAGUGCUUUGGUUGGACAUCUCUCGCGGCAUAAGGGGCCCGUUCGCGGUCUUGAAUUUAAUGUAAUUGCGCCAAACUUACUUGCAUCUGGUGCUGAUGAUGGUGAGAUUUGCAUAUGGGAUUUGGCCAACCCUGCAGAACCUUCUCAAUUUCCACCUCUAAAGGGUAGUGGUUCUGCUGCUCAGGGUGAAAUUUCAUUCUUAUCAUGGAAUAGCAAGGUUCAGCUUAUAUUUGCGUCCACGUCUUAUAAUGGAACAACCGUGGUUUGGGACCUAAGGAAGCAAAAACCUGUCAUUAGCUUCUCAGACUCAGUUAGAAGACGGUCCUCAGUUUUGCAGUGGCAUCCUGAUAUUGCUACUCAGCUUGUUGUUGCAUCAGAUGAAGAUGGUUCACCAGCUUUAAGGCUUUGGGAUAUGAGAAAUAUAAUGUCACCAGUUAAAGAGUUUGUGGGGCACACUAAAGGUGUAAUUGCAAUGUCAUGGUGUCCUAAUUACAGCUCAUAUUUGCUUACGUGCGCCAAGGAUAAUCGAACUAUAUGCUGGGACACAACUUCCGCUGAGAUUGUUUGUGAGUUGCCAGCAAGCACCAACUGGAACUUUGAUGUGCACUGGUAUCCAAAAAUACCUGGAGUCAUAUCAGCAUCUUCAUUUGAUGGAAAAAUUGGAAUUUACAACAUUGAGGGUUGUAGCAGAUAUGGUGCUGGUGAGGCUGAUUUUGGUGCAGCACAUUUAAGAGCCCCAAAAUGGUAUAAGCGUCCAGUUGGUGUAUCCUUUGGCUUCGGGGGCAAGCUCGUGUCAUUUCACCCUAAAUCAUCUGUUGGAGGUGCUUCAACUGGUUCAGAGGUUUUGGUACACAGUUUGGUGACUGAACAGAGUUUGGUGACUCGCUCAUCUGAAUUUGAAGCUGCAAUACAAAAUGGAGAAAGGUCCUUAUUGAGGACCCUAUGCGACAAGAAAUUACAAGACUCUGAAUCUGAGGAUGAACGGGAAACAUGGGGCUUGUUAAAAGUUAUGUUUGAAGAUGACGGAACUGCAAGGACGAAACUUCUAACUCACCUUGGCUUCAGCCUACCUGAGGUAGAAAAAACUGAUGUUCAAGAUGAUUUAUCCAAAGAACUAAAUUCUCUUGGACUUGAGCAUUCUACGGUAGAUAACGUUGGAUUUGGGGAACAUAAAGAAGCAAUCAUUUUCCCUUCUGACAAUGGAGAAGAUUUCUUCAAUAAUCUUCCUAGCCCUAAAGCUGAUACACCAUUGUCAACCUCUGGUGAUAAGUUCAUUGUUGGUGAUGCUUUUCCCGGUAAAGAUCAAGUCCAACAAGAGUUAGAUGGACUGGAGGAGAGUACUGAUCCCUCAUUUGAUGAAUAUGUCCAACAUGCUUUAGUUGUUGGAGAUUAUAAGGGGGCCGUUGCAAAGUGCAUAUCGGCGAAUAAAUUGGCCGAUGCUUUAGUCAUAGCACAUGCUGGUGGUGAAACCUUGUGGGAGAGCACACGAGAUCAAUACCUUAAGAUGAGCCGUUCACCCUACCUAAAGGUAGCUUCCCCCAUGGUGAAUAAUGAUCUGUUGAGUCUUGUGAACACUAGGCCCCUCAAAUUCUGGAAAGAAACUCUUGCUCUUCUCUGUAGUUUUGCAUCAAUAGAGCAAUGGACUUUGCUUUGUGACGCACUAGCUUCCAAACUCAUUGCUGCUGGUAAUACACUGGCAGCAACUAUUUGUUAUAUAUGUGCGGGAAAUAUUGACAAAACUGUUGAGAUUUGGUCAAGAAGUUUGGCAACUGAGCAUGAGGGUAAAUCCUAUGUUGACCGUCUUCAGGACUUAAUGGAGAAGACUAUUGUCUUUGCCCUGGCAUCAGGGCAAAAGCAAUUUAGUGCAUCCUUGUGCAAACUUGUUGAGAGGUAUGCUGAAAUUUUAGCGAGUCAAGGGCUUUUACAGACAGCGAUGGAAUAUCUUAAACUUUUUGGUUCUGAUGAAGUGACACCGGAACUUCAGAUCUUGAAAGAUCGUAUUGCUCUUUGUACAGAAUCUGAGAAAGUUGUUGAGCCCAGUGCACCUAGUGGACCCGUCUAUGGUAGUCAUGACCGUAAUUAUGACAUCCCUCCUUCACCUUAUCAGCCCAAUCCUAUCAAUCCCUAUGUUUCAAACAAUGGACCACCUUAUGUUCCGCCAUAUGUGCCUCCUGUCCCGCAGCCUGCACCUCAGCCUCAUGUGUUUGUUCCGCAGCAAUCGACACCUCAUGUUCCUAAGGAUAACUAUUUUACCCCUCCCGCCUCCCAUCAACCUAGUUUGAAGACCUUCACUCCUUCAACUCCUCCUGCGCUGAAAAAUGUGGAUCAGUAUCAGCAACCAUCUUCUUUGGCUUCUCAGUUGUAUCCUGGAACAAACAACACUGCUUAUCAGUCUGUGCCAUCCGUUCCUCUUCCAUCACAACCAACUCCUGCUUUUGGGCAUAACGUGCCAUUUGGUGUACCUCCCUAUGUUCAACCAAAAGAAUUCACUCCAGUCCCUAAUCCUGGAGUAGUGCAAGGACCCGGUUCAAUACAACCACCUAGUCCUAGUCAUGCCGCACCUGUCCAACCUGUCGUGACAGCUCCACCACCUCCACCACCUACCGUACAGACGGCUGAUACUUCAAAUGUUCCUGCCCACCAAAAGCCUGUCAUUUUGACCUUGACAAGACUUUUCAACGAGACAUCGGAAGCAAUGGGAGGUUUGCGAGCUAAUCCAAGCAGGAGGCGUGAGAUUGAAGACAAUUCAAGGAAGUUAGGUGCAUUGUUUGCCAAACUGAACAGCAGGGACAUAUCUAAAAAUGCUGCUGAUAAGCUUGUUCAGCUCUGCCAGGCACUUGACAACGGUGAUUUCAGUACUGCCCUGCAAAUCCAGGUACUUCUUACCACUAGUGAAUGGGAUGAGUGCAACUUCUGGUUAGCUACUCUCAAGCGCAUGAUCAAGACGAGGCAAAAUGUGAGAUUAAGUUAAUAAGGAAGAAAAUCCUGUUCUGAUUGCUGGUUUUGGAACUCUUUUUGCGUGGUCAACAUAUUUACUUUUUUUGUACACAAAAGAUGGCGUCUCCAGAUUUGAUCUUCAGGGUUUUGAUUCCUUCUCCUGCUCUUCCUCGUGUCUUUAUUUGGUUUUCGGUUUAUACUACCUUGAGUUAGUGAGAGCAUUAAUAUAGACUUCUCACUGUUCCCUUUUCAUAUUUGUAGUAUUGAUAAAUAGCUUCCAUUUUUUUUUUUUAAGUUUAAUUUUGUUUUUGCAGUUCAUAUAAUGUUCACCGAGCUGCUACUUUUGACAUUUCUUGGUUAUUAGAUUAUUGUAGGAUGAUUGUGCUUUUCAUUUAUAUGAAUAGUAAAAGUUUAAUAACAUGACCAAUUUUGUUUAA